GGGAACCCUAGCACAUUUGUCUCCUCCUCCCCCGAUCUUUACGCUCCCGUAGAGAGCGGCGACAACAGCGGCCGCCCGGGGAGCUCGCCAACCAUGGCGGCGCGGCAGCUCCGCUCGCCGGCCAAGCGUGCAGCGGACUGGAUCCCGCGCGCUUUGCCGUCGAACGAGGUCUCUGCGUCCGCGCGCCCGCCGAUUCGUACGGUGGGAGGGACUUUGCCGGCCACCGCGGCUUUAGGGGACGGUCGCGACGGCCACAUACGCGAGCGGCGGCGCGACCCUUUCGAUGUGACGGCGGCGUGCAAGACACGACUGCCGUGCGACGCACACAUCCAUAAGCAGGAAGAAAAGGGGGGCGGAUCCAUUCAUUCCGCACGGUGGCCCAAGGGACAACGGCAUCGCGGCACCGGCGUCCUCGCACGGCGUAGGCCGUGCGGACCCCUGAGGGUGGAGACGUCAAUGCGACGUCAUAUGGCACAGUACCCCAUGAUCUCAGUGGCGAGGAUGAGCAGCACCAGAGGCGCCGUGUUGAUGUAGUCGUGGAGAGGCAGCAGCUCAUCCAGGAGCUUCGCCGGAGGCAGCAGGAAGCCGCCGGCACAGCCUUGCGGCGGCCGGCGAUGGAAACGGCCUUCCCACUGCUUCAGCACACCCCUAGAUCGAUAGGGUUCGAGGGAAUAAAGGAGCUGGAUAUAAUUUACGUGAACUCCGCUCCAUAAGUAUCCAGGCCCCACCCUUUAUAUGUAUGCUGGCAAUAGGGGACCAAAACCAUCUGUUGGUUAGAGGUGCCCCCGAUCAGGGCGGUUCUGUUGGGGUCAACAACCACGUACGUUGGUUCAUGGCCCAUACCCUUAGCGAUACUUUUUACCCGGUCAGAGCCGAGAUCAACCAACAUUUAUAUCCUUGACAA